AUGUGGGAUGCUCCUUCAGCCGAGGUUUGUAACUUAAUGCAACUUUUGAUGAUGAAAAAUAAGGUCCCUUUUAGAUAACACUACUUCGACAAGGUUGCGAGAUUCUCAUGGAAAAUUACGAAGAUAUUGUUGAAGAGUGGUUUAUUUCGAAAACAAGUGUUGAUUAUCUCACGGUAAUAAUUUUAUUGGAGAAUAACAAAAACAAUCAACAGAUCUCACGAUAAUUUGUAUUUUUUUUUACAGAAGUUGUUAUGUUUGGAAAAUGCGUUGAAAAGCGAUGAGAAGAGUUGUAUUGUACAGAAGAAGGAGAAUUUGGAAUUAUGA